AUGAGUAAUCUACGAUUGCGUAGAAUGCAUGGUGAUGAUAGAUUUGACAACAGAGGAAAACUCUACCAGAGAAGCUGCUGUUGGGAUUUCAAGAAAAAGGAAUGCCCAGAAAAUCUUGUUGAACUUGUUAUGCGUAAGAGCCAACUCGUGAAGCUAUAUUGGAAUGAAGACCAGCCUAUUGAGAAGUUAAAGAAAAUCGAUCUUAUUCAUUCUCAGGACCUUAUUCAAAUACCAAAUUUGUGUGGGGCUGAAAAUCUUCAAAGUAUUAAUCUUAGAGGUUGUAAAAGUUUAAGUUGGAUUCAAGUUCCUUCAUAUUUUAAGGAUCUGAACAAGCUUCAACAUCUGGAUUUGGGCAACUGUAAGAAUCUGAGAGAUGGCAUAGAAAAUAUUCCAUUGACAAUAAAGGAGUUGAGAUUGUAUGGGACAGCAAUAGAAGUAUUGCCCUCAUCAUUUGGAUGUCUUUUGGAUCUUGAAGGUUUAGAUUUGAGUCAUUGUAAGAAUCUGAAAGAUGGCAUAGAAAAUCUUCCAUCAAAUAUAAGGGAGUUAGGGUUGUAUGGGACAGCGAUAGAAGUAUUGCCCUCUUCAUUUAGGUGUCUUUUGGAUCUUAAAGUUUUGGAUUUGAGUGCCUGUAAGAAUCUGAAAGAUGGCAUAGAAAAUCUUCCAUUGAAUAUAAAGGAGUUAAGAGUAUCUGGGAUAGCAAUAGAAGUAUUGCCGUCAACAUUUGGGCAUCUUUUGGAUCUUAAAGUUUUGGAUUUGACUCAGUGCAAGAAUCUGAAAGAUGGCAUAGAAAAUCUUCCACUUAAUAUAAGGGAGUUAAGAUUGUCUGGGACAGCAAUAGAAGUAUUGCCCUCAACAUUUGGGCGUCUUUUGGAUCUUGCAAAUUUACAUUUGAGUCAGUGUAAGAAUCUGAAAAAUGAAAUCGUAAAUCUUCCAUUGAAUAUAAGCGAGUUAAGGUUGUGUGGCACAGCAGUAGAAGUACUGCCCUCAUCAUUUGGGCGUCUUUUGGAUCUUACAAAUUUAGAUUUGAGAGACUGCAGAAAUCUGGAAGAUGUACAAAAUAUUUCAAUGUGUAUAAUUCAAUUACAUUUGAGUGGGACAGCAAUUAAAACUCUACCGGCAAGCAUUUGGAUGAUGAGUCGUCUGAAAAGGCUGUUUCUUUGGGAUUGCUUAAACCUGGAAAAGAUUCCUGAAAUCCAAUAUGAUUGUUUAAGUCCUCUUGAAACUUUGAAGAUAAAUGGUUGUUUGAGAUUGAAAUCAAUACCAGAGCUUCCAUCAUGUUUAAAGACAUUGGAUGCAAGAAACUGCACAUCGCUGGAGACAAUAUCAAGUUGGAGGGAUCCAAUCGAACCAGAUUUGGGUGAAGAACGUUGUAUUUAUAAUUAUGACCCCCAAUAUCAAUUAAUUGGAAGCAUAUCCGUGUCUUAUUAUUUUGAAAAUUGUCUAAAAUUGGAUCAGCACACACUGAAAAACAUCAUUGCUGAGAGUUUGCACCGAAGAAUCUUUUAUGUUCAGGAUAUUACAUAUCUUGAAGCGCUGUAUCCAGGAAAUGAAAUUCCAGAGUGGUUCAGCCAUCAAACUGAUGAUGGGAACUCUUCAAUCCAUAUCCAGCUUCCUCCAAAUUGGUUUCAUAUUCGUGAUCCACGCUUCAGAUUUGUUUGUUGCGUUUUUUUUCUGUUGAAUGGAUCUGGGCCUUAUAUUAACAUCUCAUUUCAAUUCAAUUUCAAAACCAAGAUGAACAGUGGACACACUCUUUCUGUUUAUAAUAGUUUAAAGAUGCCAUUAGUGGAUACCAUUUAUCCAGAUCACGUCUUCAUGAAGUACCAGACCAUCGAUUUGGAAGGUGCAUUUGGGACAAAGUGGUCCUCUGUUUGUAGCAAUGUCACCGAGGCUUCUUGCCGUGUGUUCAUACAGGGAAAAGGGGUUAUCAAUCGGGAGAUCAAAAAGUGUGGGUUGGAGUUGUUCAAUAAAUGGGAUGCAAGCAAAAAUUAA